AGGGAGAAAGAGAGAGAGGCAGGAGGGCGAGGAAGGGAGAAUUAAACCCACCUAAACCUGUCUGACACGACGGACGACGCCACAUAAACACAACCCGAAAGUAAAGGACGUUACCAGGACCCGAAACCUUCCCUCGACCGGUUUUUUUUUCUUCUGCCAGGGACAAAAGGCCACUUUUUUUCUUGUCGUCUCGCGAGAAACUUCAUCGAUUUUUAUCAGCAAUGGCCCAAGAGACGAACCAGAGCCCGGUGCCCAUGCUUUGUGCCACAGGCUGUGGCUUCUAUGGCAACCCAAGAACCAAUGGUAUGUGCUCCGUAUGCUAUAAGGAUCACCUGACACGGCAGCAGAGCAGCGACCGCAUGAGCCCCCUCAGCCCUAUGGGCUCAGCUGGUAGUCCUACCUCAGAGGCCUCAGCCAUCCAGAGACUAGAAGCCAGUUUAGCCAAGGUUGAUGCCUCCCCUGCCUCUUCACCAGACAUGUCUAGAACUGUGCAAGGAUCUCUUCCUGUCACCCAACAAAUGACAGAGAUGAGCAUCUCGAGAGAGGACAAACCAGAACCCUUAGAGCCUGUUGUAAACCAGCCUGCUGCUUCUAGCCCUUCUCCUGUAGCUUCUUCCAGCAGUGAAGAAGGCAAAGGUGAUACCCCCAAACCCAAGAAGAAUAGGUGCUUCAUGUGCCGCAAAAGGGUGGGCCUUACAGGGUUCGACUGUCGCUGUGGCAAUCUGUUCUGUGGCAUCCACCGGUACUCAGACAAGCACAACUGUCCCUAUGAUUACAAAGCCGAGGCUGCCGCCAAGAUCCGUAAAGAGAACCCCGUGGUGGUGGCUGACAAGAUCCAGAGAAUAUAGAUUUUACAAAAUAACAGCAGCAGCGGCGGCAACAAUGACAAACACCUUUGACAAAGACUGGAGAAUGAGUGUGAACCUUUUGAAAAGAGCACUGGCACGAGUGGCCAAGUGAGGAUUGAAAGGACUUGAUUUACAAAAUAACAACCUCAAGAAAUGAUGGAAAAAAAGAAAAAAAAAAAGAUUCUGUCUGAGGGAGAUGCAUGAAUGAUCACUUUUCUCCUUUUUUGAUUAAUUCAUUAGUUUGUUUUAUCCUAUUUUCUGUGGUGUGACUUUGCCGCUGUUCAGUCCUUUUUUUUUCUAAGAAUAUGUAUUGUCUUAUUAAGAGCAGCCCAGGCUAACUGUCCAGGAUAUGCUGUGCUCCUCUCACCCAUACCAGGCGCCAUUUUGUGCCAAACCGUAGACAGCCAUCUUAUUAAGACCCUGUCAUGUGUCAGACACUAGCAGGUCUUUAAAAAGCAUUCAGACUACACAGUAACAGUCCACACGAGUUGUGUCCCUCAACCUUUUGAACUUCUUGUUCAGUGCUCCGUUGGUACUGGAGUCAGUCAGCGUUUGGAGAACCGUACAACUGUCCCCCACCAUGCACAAGGGGCUUUGUUACUUUGUCUCUGUCUUUCCUAGCUUUACCUACCUCACAGCUGCUGUGUUAAGCUUUGUUGUCUUCCCUUUUACUUUGUUUUUCAUCAGCUUCGACCCCAGCAGAACAAUGGAUCGUCUUGAUAGCCAGCCUCAGUGACCCUCUGAUCAGCAUGUCUGUGUUGACUUUGAUCGGUUUGAUUGUGAUGAGGCUGUUUCCAUUAUGGCUGGAGGUAUCAUGCUAGACAGGGACAAACAAAUUUACUCCGCGUCUCACUGAAUCUAAACAUUUUCAAUGGACAUAAUGGGUGAAGGAGUCCCCCCCCCCCCCCCCCCCAACUGGUCUGAGCUCAUAAUGUAAUCACAGACGCCUGGUGCAGGGCUGUGUGUACCCAUUUGUGGCCUGAGAGGGAGGAGGCACCCUUCCCUGGCAGGCCUGGUAGGUGAAUUUAAACAACAUUGUAGGGGCAUGAAUGAAUGGGAUAAAUGCAUGAGUUACUCUUCAUCUGCAUUAGUGUUUCAGAAAUAUUUGGCAUCACUCAACUUAGGGUUUUGGAUAUUUUAUUUGCUGAGAGACAAUUAUCUGUUAUGUUUUUAUUAGCUUUUUUUCUCUUCCAUUGAUAUUGUACUGAUGUUAGCGCAUGUAUUCAGUGCAUUUGUGGAAUUAGGGUAUGUGAACCAUGAUUUAUUUUUUUUAAUGCGCUAACAGAACGUUCAUGUGAGCACAGUGAAUGUGUGUGUGGGUGUGUGUGUGUGUGUGUGUGUGUGUGUGGGUGUGCGUGCGUGCGUGCGUGCGUGUUCCCCAUCCCUUUUGUCUGUGGAGCUACCCGGUUUAUCAGCACAUGUUUACAGAUCUACAGGAGCAUGCCAGAGCUAGAUUUAUGAAAAAUAAUAGAUACCAAGAUUAGAUGUAACUUUUCAUCUGUCUAACAGCUAUUGGUCCGUGUGUCUGCUUUAGAGCACCGUAGAGAAGUGUGCGUGUGUGUAUUUGUGCGCGUGCAUGUGCACAUUCCUGUGCAGAAGUGUGUAUUCAUGGCUGCCUGACACAUUGAAACCCAUGUAUGUUUGUGACUUGUGUUAACCCUCGACCUUUUUUUCCCUGUAAGGAUGUUUUUCAUUUAAAAGACAACUGUAUGUAUCCGUUUUGAGUUUUUCCUUUCUGAUUCUUAGUUAUAUGCAAAUUUGUACAAAAAAAUGAAAAAACAACAAACUGUGUUGAUAUUUAUGUAUUACAUAUAAUCUUGCUAUCCAGCAUUACAACAGAAUAGUAUCAUGUAAAUAAAACUGUACAGAGAGACAUUA